AAGAACUUGAAAGGGUGGACAGUUUCACUCAAAGGAUAAAAGAAAAAGAUUUGUCCUCGCAAGUGUCACAUCUCAGUACUAAAGCUCAGUUGGACAUCAUGAACCUAUUGGAUGACGACGAAGAGGAAUUGGAAUUUGAUAUUGUUAACAUUGAUACACAUUUGUUAAGAAUACCUCGGUUGCUCUCUUAUGAAGAAUUAUCAAAAGCAGCGAUGGGCGGAGUUGCUAAUUUAUCUAAAAUAUUAGACGAUAGACGUCGAGACUCUUUGUCUUUUACCGAUGAUAAGUGUGUAAAGAAAGACAAAAUGAAAAAAUCAUUGUCAUCUGCGCCUCCGGGCAAGAUGCCUGAACCGCCGAGGUAUUCCGGUCCGCCAAAUGCUUUUAUUAUUGAACUGUUCGCAAUGCAUCCGGAUUAUGAUGAAAGAUUCGGUUUUCAGUUGCUAGAAGCGGCGUUUGAAACGCUUCCAGGCAGAGAUUAUUGCGUUAUGUGCUUACCUUCAAGCGAACCAUCUUUCCCUUUGCUUGAACAUUUCACGCUUGUAACACCUUAUAACACUAGCGGACGUUUCGUGAAUGAAUCUCUAUUUGUUGCGCAUAUAAAUUCUGUUAAAGGUGAGGUGAGUGUGCGUUUUGCGGAGGAGUACGACAUGCAGUACCUGAGCGACAUCCUGGAGCACGCGCCGCGCAAAAACGACUUGCUUGAGCUGAUCGAAUCCAGCUUCUCAAGCGAUGCGCUCGACACUUACGUACUGGCCAGCAGGAACCAACCCGUCGGAGUCGUCGUGCUCGCGCCUGUGGAAGAUCCUAUAUCCUUGCGGGUUCAAUACUCCUUAGAACCCGAACCAUACCGUGCUGGAAGUGAUGGCAAUAUUUUGGCGGGCGUUCUGUCUCCUGCAAUAGAACCACACAGUCGUUGGUACAUGCGCGAUGUCCUGCGUCAAAGUCCUUAUACACAAUUAUUCUGGACCUGUCGUCUCUUGGCCAAAGGAGAUUCAAGUCCUGUUCGCAACCUGAUGUCAAUGGCAAGUCACAUGAUGCCUGUACCCCCAUACCGUCAUGCUGGCAAAAACGAUAAGGACAAGAGUUACAAGGAAAGUUCGGCACCAUUCGCGCUGUGGACAGUAGACCGGCCGAUGACCAGUCUGCCAAAGAUCUACAUCAACCGGAACAUAGUAGUCGUUGGGGCCAGCCGCACUGGUCUUUCAUUUUUAGAGACAUUGAUAAUGGGGCCAACAUCCCCGUACUUGACUUUUACAAAUAUAACACUGGUAUCGGAACACGGAUUGCCGACUGUGGGCGAGUGUCUACGCGCUGCGGACCGCUGCGUGCCGCGUGAUGGUCGCUACACUGACAGAUACCUGAAGAGUGUGCCUUACUACUUCUACAUGGAUGUUGUCCCUGGGAUCAUGGUUAAAAUUGACAGGCAGAAGAAAUGCAUCUAUUUGAAAGGCGGGCUGGUGAAGCAUUAUGACGACCUAGUGUUGACGUGUGGUCAGCAGUUCCAACAUCCGGAUUACUUGAAGGAGCAGUUAGCGCGAGAUCGAUUGUUAAAGGAAAAAAAAAUUAACUGUGACAAAUUACCUAUGGACAAUCCAUUGUAUCGACCUGACAGAGUCUCAGCGUUCACGGAGAUGCCGGAGAACUUGAUGCUUAUUAACUCACUGUUCGACGCAAAUACGGGCCUCAGAAAAUUACUGAGGAUGAUAAGUGAUUUAAAAGAGUCAUUCAACGGUUUAAAUGAAGACAAUAAAAUUAUAGUUUACGGUGACUGUAUAGAUGCCUACUCUUGUAUCGCUGCAUUACUCGAAUUAGGAAUUGCAGCUGAUAUGAUCACGUUUGUCGAACCAUUCCCUCCUGAAAAUACUAAUGCUUUGAGAGUAAACUGCUUUAAUAACGAAACAGUGGACGAGCGAGUACAAUCUAGUAUAUCAGAGUUAGGCAUCCAAGUGUACAGGCGCUGUUACUACACGGGUUGGAAGUUAUCAGGCAGUCGCAUAGAGCUGCUGCAUUUCAUGACGUACACGCAGGCAAUUACCCUCUCUUGUUUUGCAUUCUUCUACUACGACAUUAAGGCUAUUGAUGUCAACUCUUUUAAAGCAAUAACGGAGAGCGGAUUGGUAUAUGAUGGUGGGUUGGUGGUGGGCACUGGCUUUGAGACGAACGACCCGAGUGUGCACGGCGCGGGCACGUGCACAAAGUACUCGCGUCGGUUGUACGCGCAAGCACAAGCGCAGAAGUAUUACUGCUCAGAGGACAUUGGCGAAGCGUUGGCAGCACUAUUCCUACAAAAAUUAGAUCCUUUUAUGAAUUCGAUCACAGAUCUUGAUCUUUGCCCAUCGGAAAUUAUCUCACGAUACAGCUCCAGUGUUCUAGGAUGUAAAAGUUCUGUUUACGGCAGCACCUACAGUAGUGAAUCGCGAUUCCAACUACCUACAUGUAGACGUUGGCAGCCAGUGAUGAAAUUCUAUUCGCCAAUAACACAUUCAGCCACAUUGCCGGGUCCUCUCUAUUACCUGAAAAUUAGGAGGCCUGGGAUUGAAAUACCAAUGGCUGUGCAAAUGGAAUUACCACUACAGGGUCAUACUUUACUAACGGAUAAAAACGGCAACUAUUUCCGCUUGCAACUGAACGCACUGCACUGCAUUGUGUUGGUCACGUGCUUGUCUAAGAAACCAUUCCCAUCAGAGAACCUCGCACAGCUGUUCGGGAAACAUGAGGCAUUCUUUAAUAAGCUACUAGUUAGAUACCAGAUGAAACAGAUAGAUGAUUUGUACGAAUUCUUCUCGCAACCUUGGAUGUCAGCGAUGUAUCACAUGACGUUUAAGAACUUAAUGAACGAUAUAAAUGACCAAGAUGUGGGCACUGUGUACGAUCUUUUGAAAUCAACAUUCUAUCUACUCGGAGAUAACCGACCAGCCGCGGAAUCUGAGUAUGGUAUAGAUGCUGUCUAUUCUGGAUAUGGACCCGCUGACGUGCAAGAUCUGGGUACUUUCCGUUCGGUUAUAGAUAAGUUCGUCGGAAGAACGAGCCAUGAAGUGGCUAACGUGCCCGAGAAUAUACCUUCGGAAUGUGGGCAAAGCGCCGCCAUACGUGACGAGGCUCUCGGAUUCUGGAAGGCAGUGGGUGGAGAGCGUAUCGUAGUAGCGCAUCUCUCCCGUUAUCUUAAACAGAACUACGCUACAAACCCGCAGUAUGCUCUGCCUAAAUCUGAAUGAUUUUACUGCUUAUUUUAUAUUAUUUAUACACUGAUGACUUACCCAUGGCAUCUUGCCGCAUACCGACUGCGGACAUGUUGGCGCUGUGGCCCAUGGAGAAGCCCUGCGGCAUGGGG